AUGAUUGACAGUACAGUACUACGAGGAGUCAGGUCUUGAACUGAGAGCGGCAAGAUGGCAGAGGAUGGCGAAUUAGCUGCUUUGCGAAAUAGGUUUAGGCAAAAAGCAGAAUUAUUAAUUCAAGGAAGUCCAGGACAAAGCGGCACAAACUAUAAUUCAGAAGAUAAAGAGAAGAAAGAAAAACCAUUGCCCAGAAUCAAUUUUCACUCUGUAUUUUGGAUAUUGGCUUCAAUUGCUUUAACCUACUACAUUGAUUUCUUUUUUAUAAUUAAAGAAGAUUUGGACAUUAAAAGGUGGUGGUUUAACAUUGGCAGUCUGUUGCUGGCUGUGAGCUUAGUUUUGGCCUUUUACUGCAUUGCCUACCUAGAUUGGUUUUGCGGUAUCCGAGAUUAUGACAAAGAAUAUCCAGCUCUGGCCCCAGUCACCACAGCUACAUUUAUUGCAGCAUCAAUAAGUUUUAAUAUAGCAUUGUGGCCUGUCUGGUCUUUCUUCACUCCAGUGAUUCUCUUUACGCAGUUCAUGGGAGUUGUAAUGUUUGUCUCGUUGCUCGGAUAAAGUUCAAAGAUUUGCUUUGAGGAGAACUGUCUGUGUAUUGAGUCGUAAACCCACAACCUAAAACUCAGAGGCAAGUGCCUUGCAGUGUGAGCUAAAUGGAAAUCUCCAUCUGUCAGCCAUGUACAGCACAUCACUGAAAACUGUGAGCAGUGCACCUUCUGGUGACAUCAGCUGAACUUUUUCUGUGUCAGCCGCCACUGUCCCCGUGCAAAAUCACCACUGCAAUAGUACAGGCUAUAUUUCUCUCUUUUAUUAUUCAUUACUGAAAGUAGUAAGUUUAAAGUCUGUGUAUACAACAUUUAGGCUUUUUGUUUGGCUCUCUAAUUGGUCUGAGUUUUUGUCUGCUAUGUUAUGUUUAUUUGUUCUCUUCAGACUGAGAUUUUAUAUGUUUUCCUUAGUUUUUGUCUGCUAUGUUAUGUUUAUUUGUUCUCGUCAGAGUGAGAUUUUAUGUUUUUCUUAAAAGAUAAAUAUAAUUUUCUUGAACUGUGGAACAUAAGACAUUGAACUUCACACAGCAAGUUUGCCUGUUCAGUUUGUGUCUGACAAGCUGUGUGACCAUGAGUAUGUCUUAACCUACUUGUGCUUCAACUGUAAAUAUAUCUAGCAAAAUAACUGUAAUAUCAUUAUUAUCUUGUAAAUCACAUUUGAUAAAGGCAACGUGCACACACGCAGUAAAAAUGUUUAAAUAUUUGCAUCAAUAUUUGUUGUUUUUAUAUCAUUGGAUAUUGUGUGGUUGUAAAAGAAUCUGUUUCAUGACAUGACAGGUCCUUUAAAUUAACAUUAACUGAAUCAGCUAAUAUUGAGAAACAUGUAGUAUAAAAUUAAAGUUUUAUUUUUCUCUGUA